AUGUCAAGUAACAUAGAAGCUAAUUUAAAGCCGCUAGUCGAGGCAAUUGAGGCCGGUGACAAGAUCACAUUCUUCCUUGGAGCUGGGAUCUCUACUAGUGCAGGAAUCCCAGACUUCAGAUCACCGAAGACUGGCUUGUAUGCCAACUUGGCCAAGCUAAAUUUGCCAUUUGCAGAAGCAGUCUUUGAUAUAGACUACUUUAAGGAACUGCCACAGGCGUUCUAUACGUUGGCUGAUGAUUUAUACCCUGGGAAGUUCAAGCCCACUGUGUUCCACUACUUUGUGAAGUUGAUACAGGACAAAGGGCUCUUACAGAGAGUGUACACCCAAAAUAUAGAUACGCUAGAGAGAUUGGCUGGUGUGAAGGAAGAGUAUAUUGUAGAGGCACACGGUUCGUUUGCGUACAACCAUUGUGUUGACUGUGGAGAGGAGAUGAGCAUUGAAGAACUCCGUAAGCAUAUGAAGACAAAGGGUACUGGUGCUUCUGGUGCGGUGGGCAUUCCUGUAUGUCCAACUUGUAGCGGGUAUGUGAAGCCGGAUAUCGUUUUCUUUGGAGAAGGGUUACCCUCUCGGUUUUUCGAGAUGUGGGAGAAGGAUGGUGACGAUGUAGAGAUUGCCAUUGUUGCGGGUACCUCCCUCACGGUGCACCCGUUUGCUCUGUUGCCUAGCGAGAUUUUGGAUGAGGAAACUAUUAGAGUUUUGAUCAACAACGAGGCUGUAGGGGACUUCAAGAAAGGUUACAGGAGAGACACAGACAUUUUGGCUUUGAAUGACUGCGAUUCGGUUGCCAGAUCUAUAUGUAAGUUAUUGGGUUGGGAGGAGGAGUUGAAUGAGUUGAUUCUGGAAACUCCACCAAGCGAUAAGAAAGAAGAAGCAGCACAAGCUUCGAAGGAUGUUGCAAGGGAUAUAGCUGAGACCACGAAAGAAUCUACAGAAGAAAGAAUUGACCCUCAGAAGGAGACCGCUCCUAAGAAGGUGCAGCUGCCGGCAAGUGAAUCGGGCUCAGAAGAAGAAGACUUUGCUGAUGCCGUGGCCAACUUAAAGAUCUAG